AUGGCCGAUGACGCCUCUCCGUCGACCGCUGCCCGACCGUCGUUACGUCAUGCGAAGAGCGGCGGUGGCAACAAAGCUGACGGCAACAACCCAGCGACGACGACAACGGCCACGGCCACGAGCACGGGUAUCGGUGCGCCGCCAGGACAUGCCUUGCGACGGGCCAAGACGGCCGCCGAGACGUCUACGCGCCGAUUGUCCUCGGACUCGAGCGCCUUUGAGUCGCCGCAUCCGCCACCUAGGAGGAGCUCCAACUUUUCCGACUACGGCGUCAACGAGGCCCGGUCGAUCCUGAAUCCGCACGGCAAAGCCGCCCAAGGCAGCAGCAGCAGCGCCGGCGAGCAAGGCCCCGAGCUGUCGUCGCUGGCCGGCCUGUCGCUGGCCUUUGCCUUGCUGCCCGCCAUUGCCGGCGCGCUCUUCAAGAAUGGCAGCGCCGUGACGACGGACAUCAUGCUACUCGGCUUGGCGGGUGUCUUUUUGCACUGGUCGGUCACGCAGCCUUGGUUGUGGUACCACUCGGCGCAGCAGGUGCGCAUCGAACACGAGGAGAACGCCGCGGACGAGGUCUUUGACGACGACGAGGAUAGCGAUGACGACGACGACGAGGAAUACGCAGACGGAGCGUCGCACCUGGACGACGUCCCGGAAGAAGCAACGGCCCCGCGGGAAGAGGCUGCGACGGACAAGAAGACAACGGCAACAGCCUCGGCCAAGCAGCAGUCUGCCCUCAGCGAGCUCUACCUGCACGAGGUCAUGGCGCUCGUGUCGUGCUUCUCGCUGCCGCUCAUCAGCGCCUUCAUCCUGCACAUGAUUCGCUCGCAGCUGAGCCGCCCUUCCGAGGGCCUCGUCUCCAACUACAACCUGACCAUCUUCAUCCUCGUCUCCGAGGUGCGCGUGCUCUCGCACAUGAUCAAGCUGGUCCAGGCGCGCACGCUGCACCUGCAGCGCGUCGUCCACAGCAGCAGCAACCCCUUUGGCACGCUGCCCACCACCAACAGCCUGCGCAUCAAUGCCAUGCUCGAGCGCCUCGACGCCCUCGAGUCCGACCCUGCCCCCCCGCCGCGCAGCGGCAGCAACAACAACAACAACAACAGCAACGUCCUGCCCGAGGAGGACGAGGAGACGGCCAAGGCCGCGCAGGAAGCCGUCCUGACAAAGGACGUCCGUAACGCCAUCCAACCGGAGCUCGACGCGCUGAACCGCGCCGUGCGCCGCUACGAGAAAAAGUCGACGCUGCUGCAGUCGCACGUCGACGCGCACUUUGCCGCCAUGGAUGCCCGCGUCGAGGACGCCAUUGCGCUCGCCGCCGUCGCCGCCAAGAACAGCAACAGGAGCAGCAUCCUGGUGCGCGCCUUCGACUCCGUCGUCGCCCUCGCGCUGUUUCCGUUCAACGCCGUGCUGCAGCUCCUGCUCAUGCCCGUCAAGUGGCUGCUCUCGCGCAGCAACAACAACAACGACCGCGGCGGGAGCAGCAGGAAGAGGAAUACGGCCGCAGCCAGCAGCAGCAAUGGAGGUGCUCGUGCGGGAGGAGGAGGUGGCAAAGCGUCUGCGAGAGGCUCCCGAGGGAGCAAGACGGCCGGUCAGCCGCGCUACAGUGGCGAUAAGAUGCCCUCGCGCCUGGCACGCAAAUGA